UUAACAUCUGGACUGUUGAGGGCACAGCACAGUUCUAUGUUAUGUUUGUGUCAGACUGAACUGCACUGAGCUUCUAGGACAUUGUUUGGGACUACUGGACCAGAGUUGUCCUACCAUGUACUUCACAGACGCGCUGCAAGCUUGAGCCCUGGCAUAUAAACAGUGCACCAUGGACUCUCCACCAGCAGAUGGCAGUGUGUGGUACACACCGGGCAGGAAAUGUCGUGCGCUUCCCGCCCCUUCCUCGUAUGUUUAGUUCAUGAGGGAAUGGGUUUUAAUAACAUAUCUAGAAGAAGACAGUCCUAAUAAUUAUCUGAGGGGGCGAACAUGUUCCCCGCACUGCAGGCAUGUCCUCGGCAUCUGCUGGUGUGUGAGAAGUCCAGCUUCCUGCAAGAGAAGUCCCGGCACAGCACGCACGUGGAGACGCAUUACUACAACUGCAGCGUAUCUGUUUUGUUACCUGAAUGCGGUCUUCUCCCAUUAAAAAUAAAGCACAUCAUUGAUGGUCUGGGAAGCUAUUAUUUGGUGAAGAACCUGCCCCUGCAUGAAUUUCUAACACAGGAAUUUAACGACACAUGCAUAAAGAAAGGUUUGUUUUAUGCACUUUCUCAUAACACAAGAAUUGACCAAGAUAACGUUGCUGCAGUGCUUCCAUCAGGAAAACUGAUUGUAUCCGUAAAUAAAGACACCUAUGAAGAGCUGGGUCUGCAGGGCAAGCCCUCCCUAUAUUCAGGGAAAAAUGCCAUGCGAUAUAUUGUUACAAUUGAUCUGACAGACAGUGCAAUGUCACCUGAUGGCAAGAAGUUCCAGCGUGUGAGGUGGGCCUUGACUGAGAAAAAACCUCUGGCUUUUGAUUUUCUACUUGCUUGGGAUAAUCCAGAAGGACCAUCCAUAUUAUCUUAUUUUGCUAAAUAUGUUGUUAAGGAGUGUCCUUUCAAGAUAACUUCUCAUGUUUCAAGGGAUCUACAGUGUCCUGUGUUGAAGAGUGAAGAGCUGCUUGGUAAGGAAGAGGAGUCAUGCAGCGCAACUGAGUUUUUUGAAUGGCUUGGCGCCAUCAGCAAUGAUAUUGACUGUGAGAAUACGUCUUCUAGCUUCAUAUCAAGUUUUUGCUGCCCAGAGCCAAGCCUUUCAGUUGGACAAGCACAUUUAUGUACGAUUGCUGGCUUUAUAACACCAUCGAAAAUCCAGCAGUUGAUGGAGCAUCUACGUGAAUAUUUCAAUGAACCAAAGUUGAGUCAGUGGGUUUCCCUCAUGGUACAUGGUUUUGCAGAUAGUCCUGUUUCUUGGAAAGAAAGCGAACAUGGCUUCUUUAAAGGCGGCGAACAUCUGUACAGCUUUGUCAUCUUUAAUAAUGAGGACUAUUGGCUGCAAAUGGCUGUUGGAGCACAUGAUGGCUGCCCACCCUAAUAUGGAUCGGAAUUAUUUAUUUCCAAUGUAAUAGGUUUACAUAUUACUAAAUGGUUUAUUUACAAAGGAGCAUGUAUGUAUGUUCAUUUUAUUGUAAGUUCUUGGGGCACAGAUUGUGUCUGAUCCUGAAAAUAAAGGGAACUUUUUUUUUUUUUUUUAUGACCUGUAUUACCUUAUAGGUUUGAGCAAAUCGAGCUACGUAUCAGAGAUCCGAAGUCGAUUAGUUCAAACACUUCGGUUUUAAUGCUGUCUGAGACCUGUCUGCCUGUACAGCAUUAAAAUG